AUGCCAAAGCAAACCAUUACCGACCUGAAAGAAUUCAGAAAUGCCGUUGAGACGCUUGACAAAAAGGUCCGGAGAGGGCUCGAGAACGGCAAUGUGGCUGAGGUUGUGAACCUACAUUGGGACUUGGUAACCAAGCUGGCUGUAGCUACAUCCACGGCGGAAGAAUGUGUUGCAGAAAAACAGAAAAAGUCUAACAUAUUUCUGUUUCAAUUUUUGUUGGCCUAUGGCACAGCGCGUCGCCAAAAUCGACAUCACAGCUCCGAGUUUCUGAAAGAGAUGCGUGAUCUUUUGAACAAGGAGGGUGCCAGUAACGCACCUGAGCAUCAAGAUGACAGUACCUCAGGACGUCCCGGUGAAGGGAGGAAAUCAGCUAACCGUAUGCUGAAUUCAACUCGCCGAGAGGAUGCCCAACCAUUGCCGAAAAAGCGUCGAGGUACUGAAAAAGUUGGUUUAGCCUCGGCACCUCCAGCCAAACGAGACUCAACUCGUGCCAGUGCUACUAAGACCUUUGCUGAGCUUGAGGCAUCAGAAGAUGACAAUGGCACAUUCAUACCUUCUCAGAAUCCAUCUGAUCCUGAAAGCGCCGAAGAAAAUAUCAAAAUCAAGGCAGUACGCCAGAAAGCAAACCGAAACAAGACAUCAGCUAGGCAAUCAAAGGAGAAGUCAGUUGGCCCUGGACAUGAUGAGCGCCUGCCCGUGAAGGCUACAAAAUGGAUCCAUCAUCGUCGAGGUUGUCGAGGCAAAGGAGAAGAAAUUGAACGGUGUUCUGAAGUCGAUGAAAAUGAGUCAAUCACGAGUGAAUUGGAAGAAGACCGAAAUCCGAAAAUUACUCCCCGUGGUGCUUUGACCCUAAUCAAAGUUCAGUCUUCGAACCUAGUCAACAGUCGUAACCGAUCUGCUGAAAGACAGGACGCCGUUAAAGCCACAGUCACUCCGGCUAUCGCAGAAUCAAAGGUCCAACGUGCUGCACAAGACACAAAAGAGUCAGCCUCCCUUACUAUCUCUGACAAAGCAAAAACACACCGACAAACCUUGGAGAGACUUACCGAGAAUGUCCCACAACCCCCAGCGAGAUCAGUCCCAUCCGACACGGUAAAGAAAAAGCAACCUAAGAAAAAUGAUGAAGCGAAGACACCCCGAGAAACCUCAGAGAGGCCAAAUGUACCUCCGCCCCCGGACAGGCCAAUCCUGUCUGAAAAGGCUAUGGGAAAGCAACCUGAGCGUAAUGUUAAAACAUGGAAUGAGUGGUUCCAUGAAGAUGUUUCCCAAUCAAGUUCUACCCGCCCGCCACCACCCUUGCCUCCACGCCCUUCCUACAUUCGCAAUUGGGACGUAGAAAGUGAUCCGGAAGACGAUGUUACCAAUUGCACCUUAUCCACCGAAGAUCGUCUCACAAAACUGGAGAAGAAAUGUGCAAAGAUCAUACGAAAAAUGAAGAAAAUGGAUGACCAGCUCACCAGUUAUGAUCAUGGCUUCGACUAUAUCACAGGAAAGCUGGCCUUCUUCAUUUUAUCGCUGGAGUUGCUGGACUCCAAAUUUGAUGUAUUAAACCACUUUUAUGGCGAAGUCAUUGAACGAGUGACUGUGAUAAGAAGAGAAGUCAAUGCCGUUCUACAUGAUAUCUAUGAGCACAGUUCAUCAGAGGCAGGGGAUCAUACACAUCAUGAGCCACCUCCUACCCAAUCCUCCCAAACACACCACUCAGAAAACAAUGCGGACAGCAAUACCGCAGAUUUGGCAAAAGCAUCGCCACCAGCGCCUAUAAGCAUAGACCAGAAAUAUGUACCUGUGCACUCUCACAACAAAUUAGCUGCAUUGGCCAAAGUAUGGUCUGGGGGAUCAUCCGACAGACCAAUUGACCUAGAGGAGCAUGAUUCUCUACCUUUGGCCAGCAGCAACCAUGUCAAGCAUGCCGAAAUAAACGCCGAAGCCAAGCUCGCCAAACCCGUAUCCUCGCCAACUCGCGUUAAUGCUGCCUACUUGCCAAGUCAUGUCAAGCCCACUGAACAUGCCGAGGUUGUCGAACAUGCACCCUCGCCAACUCGCGUUGACGCUGUCUACUUGCCAGUUCAAGCCUCGCCCUCCAAUGAUGUAGAAUCUAUGGAUACCCAUUUGGAAUCACCAAAUCGUACCAACACUGACACCGCAAAAGUGCUCACCAAUGAUACCAGCCACACCGAGGCUCCUCUCUUGCAAGCCAACCCGCAGGCUGCAGCCAAUGAGGACCAUGCUGAGAAUGCCGAGCGUGUUGAGAACACCGAAUGCAUCGAGAAUGCCGAAGUGGCUGACAACACCAAAUAUGUUGAGAAAGCCAAACAUGUGGUCUCCAACAGCGAUGCAAAAGGUAAAGACAAGGGAGUUGAACUUCAACAAGGUGACCAAUCCUCGCCCAAUGUCUCCACGCCCCAUAAUUCCCACGAUGACAAAAGUCGCGGUGCGAUUGUUCCUUACCAUCCUGUCUUCACUGUACCCUCCGUAAAAAUCUUAACUACUCAAGCUAAACCGCCCCCAUUGUCACCAUCCCUUAUUCCCCUCCUGAAGAUAGGACCCGAUGGAAAUUUACUUACGCACCCGGGGCCGCAAGAUGACGAGGAUGAUAUGGUGGAAUACUAA